AGGUCAGAGAGAGACUCUUUGAAGGAGACCAUUGAGGAGCUGCGUUGUGUUAAGGCUCAGAAGGAACAACUCUCUACAGGCAUGGUUCCACUCGGCAGUAACGAGGGCUCUGAUUCGCUGGCUGAAGAGAUCAUCACCCCAGAGAUCCGAGAGAAGCUGAUCAGACUGCAACAUGAGAAUAACAUGCUGAAGCUGGCCCAGGAGGGUUCUGAUAAUGUGUUAGACAGUAAUGUGGGUAAUGUGGUGGUCCUGUGUUCCAGAGAGAAGCUGAUCAGACUGCAACAUGAGAAUAACAUGCUGAAGCUGGCCCAGGAGGGUUCUGAUAAUGAGAAGAUCGCUCUGCUGCAGAGUUUACUGGAGGACGCUAACAGUAGGAAGAACGAACUGGAGACAGAAAACAGACUGGUGAACCAGAGACUGAUCGAGGGUCAGAGUCAGGUGGAGGAGCUGCAGAGGAGUCUUCAGGAACAGGGCUCCAAAGCAGAGGAUUCAAUUAUUCUGAAGAAGAAGAACGAUGUACACAUGGAGAAGUUACGGGAAGUGAACAGCGAACUGCAGAAGAAGUGUGCGUACAUUGAUGACUUGGAACCCAAGUACACAUCUAGCUCCCAGAAAGUGGAGGAGCUAGAGGAGGCACUGAAGAAGAAGGAUGAAGACAUGAAGCAGAUGGAGGACAGAUAUAAGAAGUACCUGGAGAAAGCCAAGAGUGUUAUCCGGACCCUGGACCCUAAACAGAACCAGGGCUCGGCACCAGAGGUCCAGGCCUUGAAGAACCAGCUGCAGGAGAAGGAGAGGAUGCUGCACUCUCUGGAGAAAGACUACGACAAGACCAAGGCUCAGAGAGACCAGGAGGAGAAACUCAUAGUAUCUGCCUGGUACAACAUGGGCAUGGCUCUACAGAAGAAGGCAGCAGAGGACCGUCUGGCCAGUACGGGCUCAGGACAGUCCUUCCUGGCCCGCCAGAGACAGGCUACCAGCACACGCCGCUCUUACCCUGGACACGUACAGCCUACCACCGCCAGGUAGACACGGCACCAUGACCCCUACCUGACCCUGAGCCCUGUCCUGACCCUCCAGGCCAGGUAGACACGGCACCAUGACCCCUACCUGACCCUGAGCCCUGUCCUGACCCUCCAGGCCAGGUAGACACGGCACCAUGACCCCUACCUGACCCUGAGCCCUGUCCCGACCCUCCAGGCCAGGUAUACACGGCACCAUGACCCCUACCUGACCCUUCACCCUGAGUUCUGACCCUCCAGGCCAGGUAGCCUCGGCAACAACUGACCCCUACCUGACCCUCCAGGCCAGGUAGACACGGCACCAUGACCCCUACCUGACCCUGAGCCCUGUCCUGACCCUCCAGGCCAGGUAGCCUCGGCAACAACUGACCCCAGCCCCGGAACCCUCCAGUUAUCCACCAGACAGACAGACGCUACUCUGUAACGGGCAUCUGCUCUGCCAAGCAAUCCAGACACCUCAGGAUGGAUUGAACCUCUCCUGUACCGUUCUGCUGUUCUCUAUCCUCUUCAGUCCUUCAGUUCAGGAUGGAUGAGUUGGUCUACCUGGAUCUUUAACUGACAGUAUUAUUAUUAUGCACAUUUCUCUAAAACAUGUUACCGUUCUGUUACCGUUCUGUUCCUGUUCUGUUACCGUUCUGUUCCUGUUCUGUUACCGUUCUGUUACCGUUCUGUUCCUGUUCUGUUACCGUUCUGUUACCGUUCUGUUACCGUUCUGUUACCGUUCUGUUACCGUUCUGUUCCUGUUCUGUUACCGUUCUGUUACCGUUCUGUUACCGUUCUGUCAGGAAUCCUCUAUCUAAUAACUGUUUUCAGAUUUCUCUAAAACAUGUUACUGUUCUGUUCCUGUUCUGUCAGGAAUCCUCUCUCUAAUAACAACUCAUUUCUUUUCUAACACAAUGUUGUGAGCAGAGAUGCAGUUUUCACAAAUUGGUAGCGGAUUGAUGUUUUUAAUUUUUUUAAUUUAAUGGUUCUAAAAUCGGAGGAUAUUUUAGUAUCUUGAUCUGAUGUUUACAGAACGUGAUGUAAUGCCGUGCAGUCAGUGACUGUCAGGAUAUGUAUAGUACCAGAGGAGGGAUAUGUAUAGUACCAGAGGAGGGAUAUGUAUAGUACCAGAGGAGGGAUAUGUAUAGUACCAGAGGAGGGAUAUGGUCUCUGAGUUGGUCUCUUUAGGUGUCCUUUUAUGUGUGUUCAGUAAACGCUGUUCGUUCCGUUUGGCCAUGUUAGACGGUCUUGUUGUUGCCUGUAGUGGGAGAUUUGAAAGGUUAGUUGUAUAGGGAGUCCUUGAGCCUGUUGGCAGUGUAUUUAGCUGUAGAAGAUAUUCCACAAGUGUCCCCGGGUGUUUUAGACAAGGCCUUUCUUCAUCGUCAUCAUCAUCAUCAGAAAUGUUAACAGUAGAAAGCUUCCUAUUUCUAAUGGACUUGUUUCUAAAAAUCAAACCAUUUUUUAAUAGGCUGAAUUAUGAAUGAUCCUGAAAUGAGGCCCUCUUCCCCUCUGUCGUCCGCUCAUAUCAGCCAGCGGGUCAUUAUUGAUUAUUGGAACCGCCAAUUUACCGAUCAAGAAUCUCUCUCCCGCGUCCUCCUGCGUCUCCCGUUGUUUCAGGGAA